AUGGUGUACAGUGGCAAGCCUUCGUCUGGGUGCACCCGCUGCAGGGAGCGACGCAAGAAGUGUGACGAGACGAAACCAAGUUGCAUGAACUGCAUCAAACUCGGUCGCGAAUGUCCUGGCUAUCCCGAUCAACUCGACCUCCUCUUCAAACACGAAACAGCGAAUGUCACGCGCAAGGCGACACGAGGAAAGAAACAACGCGGCUCUCAGGCUAGCAGUUCGCGUCGUCAAUCGGCAAGCUCAACGCCGAAGUCUCCCACACAAGAAACUCUUGACCCGACAUUGUCUCGACAAGCGAGUGGCUCCAGCAAUGAUCCUCAAGCGCAAGCGGUUACACAAGAGGAACCGACGCAGCUGUCCGCCGUAGCGACUUGGGAUGCCCUCAGAGAGGUGAACUUCAAUCCAUCUGUCGAGAAUGUAUCCAUCGCAUACUUCUUCAGCAACGUUGUCUCGCGCCCCAGCGCCUCGGGGUCAAGCAAUGGCUUCUUCGAUGUCUUGAUCCCGCUGUUUUUAGCGUCGCCAAGUCGGUCUCCAUUGCACAUGGCCACAGAGGCGAUUGCGGUGAGGACUGUUGCAACAAUGCCUGGGAGGAGCAGGGAUUUGUUUGAGCAUGCAGAUCGAUUGUACGGCAUAGCGUUGCAGGCGACGCAGCAGGCGAUCAAUGAUUCUCAGCAAGCUCUGACCGACGAGACACUCCUCACGAUUCUGCUCUUUGCGCUGUACGAGUCCGUCAGCUCUCCUUCGAUAGAGAAUUGGAGCAAACACGUCCAAGGCGCCGUAAGCAUCGCAAAGGCGAGAGGCACAGCUCAAUUCGAAGAUCCGCAAUCUCUGGUCUUGUUCCGUGCGACGAGGACCCAGAUGCUAAUGGACGCAAUCCAGCGACGAGAAUCAAUUGGCGACUUUCCUGGUCCUGAGGGCUGGACGAGCGAUUCAAGCAAGGGCUCCAUUUGCAGCAUAAAGAGUAGCAUGAAAAUGCCGGGCGUCCUAUCAAGAGCAAAGACGUUGUUGGAUGAAGACAUUCAGCGCACUCCUACCACAUUCCAGCAGGUGGACGAGCUGCUCCGAGAGGCGUACGAUCUCCAGAACGAGCUCUACCGAUGGGAUAUGAACAUGCCGGCUCAAUUCGGGUACAAGUCAGUGAUGCAUGUUACGGCAGUCCCUCGCGACGAGAAUGUCAAGGCCACUGAGUUGUGGCCGGGUCCGGUCCAUGAUUAUCGAGAUGUGCACACUGCCAGUAUUCGUAACAACAACAGAGUCAGCCAGCUGCUCUGUUCCAACGUGGUGAUCGGUGCGUUGAGAUGGCUGGAUCCAGAUAAUUACAAGGAAGACAGACGGUACAGAGCCGCUGUGUAUCGUGUCCAGUAUCUGGUGGAUGACAUUGCGGCUUCUGUGCCUUUCAACUUAGGCUAUAGCAACCAGAAACCAGCAUCGGCGAGCGCAAAGCAGAGAGCAGAGGCGCCCGGAAAACAACGCGGUGCAUACUUCCUCAUCUGGCCGCUCUACGUUUCGGCUCAAAUGAGAUGCAUCUCAAUUCUUCAGCGCAAGUGGCUGAAUGGAAGAUUGGACACCAUCGCCGAGCGAUAUGGACUUCAUGAGACAGACUUGAGUCGGAUCAGAGCAGGUGCGAUUGUGACAGAUCCGUGA